AUGUCCUUCCUUCGUGUUGCGUCCCGUAAUCUUACGACCUCGGCCCGCCGAUAUUCGACAGUGCCUCCUGCUGCUGCCAAAUCCUCGAAUCUCCCGCUGUUGCUAGGCGUCGGCGGCCUCCUAGGCAUUGGCGCCUACAUUUAUGCUGACAAGACAGAGGUCAAACCCAAAAAGCCGCUUGUUAGCGCUUUGGACAAAGACAACUUUAAGGAGUUCGCUGUUAAAAAGGUCGAGCCGUACAACCAUAACACUGCAACUUUCACUCUGGAACUUCCCGCUGGUGAAGCCACGCUACUCCCUGUUUCGGGUCUCGUCUAUCUAAAAGCUUCUGAAUCCGAUCCCAAUGCGCCAAAGGAUAAGAAGGGAAAUACGAUUGGUCGUCCCUACACCCCUGUCUCUGAUCCUCAAAAGGAGGGAGAAGUUACUUUUGUGAUUAAGCGAUACGAUACCGGCAAACUCACUCCAUACCUGCACAACCUCAAACCGGGGGACAAGGUUUCAGUCAAAGGGCCUAUUGUAAAACGCCCAUGGAAGAAUAACGAAUUCGAGGAGGUGGUCUUGAUCGCGGGUGGAAGCGGAAUUACUCCUAUGUACCAGCUUCUCACUCAUGCGCUCGCACAACCCGAGGACAAGACUAAGUUCAAGCUGUUGUUUGGUAAUGUCACCCCGGCCGAUGUUCUUCUCAAGGAGGAGUUUGAUCAACUCAAGGCCAAGCAUGGCGACCGUUUCGACGUUAUUUACACGGUGGACAAGGGCGAUAAGAACUGGACUGGGUCUACCGGAUUCAUUACGAAAGAUUUCCUGAAGAAAGAGAUUGCUCCAGCCUCUCUGGGCGAUAAAGUAAUGGUCUUCGUUUGCGGUCCUCCGGCUCAGGUCGAUGCGAUCGCUGGCAAAAAGGACGGUAUGAAGCAAGGGCCCCUUGGUGGAGCGUUGAAGGAACUUGGCUAUACAUCAGAGCAGGUCUUCAAGUUCUAG